AUGACUGCUGCCAGUGCAGUACAGGAGCUUGAACCUGAACAAGUACAUGAGCCUGAUGAUGAUAUGGUUGAUGCAGAACAGGGUUCUGGUGAAGGAGAGGAGGAGAGUUCUGAGGUGUGGAAGCAUUACAAGAAACCUGCUGAAGUGCUUGAUAGGGGUGUCUUGAAAACCUUCCACCAUGAGAAUGCUAUGCUUGAGAAUGAUAAGAAGAAGCAUAACGAUGUGAAAAAAUGCUUUUCGACUUAUGUAAAGGGAAGGGUUGAGGCUGCUGGUCUAUUGCCUUUGUUGACAUGCAACCUUCCCUCUGUUGACAAGACCAUGCUAACAACGUUUGUGGAGAGAUGGCAGCCGGAGACAUCCUCUUUCCAUAUGCCAUUUGGGGAGAUGACCAUCACAUUGGAUGAUGUUAGUUCUUUCCUACACAUUCCUGUGAAGGGAAAAUUCUUCACUCUCCCAGUCAUGACUCGUGAAGAUGCAGCUAGUGCAUUGCAUAGGCAGCUUGGUGUUACACAAGCUGAUGCUGAAGAGGAGAUCCGGAAGUCCUUAGGACCUUAUGCUCGUUAUACAUGGUUGUUGAAGGUGGCUGAGGACAUGACUAAGGAAGGGAAGACCAAGAAAGCUGCUAGAGCCUUCUUGCUGCGUUUGGUGGGGAUGACGAUCUUCUGUGGGAAGACAAACAACAAGGUGGAUGUUGCAUAUUUGGGGAUGUUCAUGGACUUGGAAAAGGUUGGGGAGUAUGCAUGGGGCGCCAUGGCAUUGACUUUCCUUUAUGACCAGCUGAAGGACGCCACCAAGGUCUGCACCACUAGUCUUGGAGGAUACUUAAAUCUGUUUCAGGCAUGGAUAUUUGAGCACUUCCCUGCUUCAUUGUUUGAUAGAAACCUGAACAGGAAAUACAAUGAGAAAGACCCGCGAGCUUGCAAAUGGCAUGAGUGUCUUUACAGUGGGUGGAUUCGACAUUCAGGCAUCAUCCGACCAUAUCUGCCAGAGCGUGUGUUGAGGCAGUUCCAUAUGCUCCAGGAUCAACCCAAUUUACCACCGGCAAACAUUCCCCCUGUUGAGGAUAUUGAUGAGAGGUUUGAGAACAUGGCUCAUUGCGUGGCUGCACAACAUACUGACACGCCAACGACAACGCCUCGCUACUUUGAGUGGUACAAGUCAAUCUCACACCGCUUUGUGGUCCCUCCUAAAACAAGAGGUCCUGUGGCAGUAACUCUUGUGGAUGUUCUCGAACAAUUAUGGGAGUUGAGUGAUAUCACAGUUGACCCCAGUGAGACCCCUCAGCUGAUCCUCGAGGCAAACCAGCGUAUGCGAGAUAUCAUAAUGCAGCACUUAGAGUAUGGAGGUGAUGAUGAUGACAGUGACAGUUGCAAUGGAGUUGCACCUCAUGGUGGUGGUGGCCCUGACAGAAAGAAGAAAGGAAAAACAUCUACCUCGAAGACUAAGCACCAGUCUUUGUUCAGACGCCUAUGCAGAGCAAUUGCACCUUCUCUGAUUCAAAAGUUGAAUAGAAAGAUGGCUACUAUGGCUUCUGAAGAUGUAUUCAAGGAAAUAUUGACAAGUCUUCCCAAACCUGGAGGUGGUGAAUAUGGAAAGUUUUAUAGUUUGCCUGCUUUGAAUGAUCCUAGAAUUGAUAGACUGCCAUACUCUAUAAGGAUACUUCUAGAAUCUGCCAUACGAAAUUGUGACAACUUCAAAGUGACUCAGAAUGAUGUUGAGAAUAUUAUUGAUUGGGAGAACAGCUCGCAAAGGCAAACUGAAAUUCCCUUCAUGCCUGCUCGUGUUCUACUGCAGGAUGCUACUGGAGUUCCAGCUCUCGUUGAUCUAGCUUCUAUGAGGGAUGCAAUGAAGAAUCUUGGUGGGGAUCCUAACAAGAUCAGCCCUUUGGUUCUGGUAGAGCUUGUUAUAGAUCAUUCAGUUCAGGUUGAUGUAGCAAGAUCACAGGAUGCAGUACAAGCAAAUAUGGAAUUUGAAUUCCAAAGGAAUAAAGAGAGAUUUGGCUUCCUUAAAUGGGGAUCAUCUGCUUUCCAUAACUUGCUGGUUGUUCCUCCUGGAUCAGGAAUAGUCCACCAGGUAAAUCUAGAAUACCUUGGAAGGAUAGUUUUCAAUGUGGAUGGUAUUCUCUACCCUGAUAGUGUGAUCGGCACGGAUUCACACACACCAAUGAUUGAUGGGUUGGGAAUUGCUGGCUGGGGAGUUGGAGGAAUUGAAGCAGAGGCAGCCAUGCUUGGCCAGCCAAUGAGUAUGUUAUUGCCUGGUGUUGUUGGAUUCAAGUUGUCUGGGAAAUUGCAUGGUGGAGUCACAGCUACUGACUUGGUUUUGACCGUGACCCAAAUGUUGCGGCAGCAUGGUGUUGUUGGCAACUUCAUCGAAUUUUAUGGUGAAGGCAUGGGAGAAAUGUCUUUGGCUGAUAGGGCUACUAUUGCAAAUAUGUGCCCUGAAUAUGGAGCAACAAUGGCCUUCUUCCCUGUAGAUAAUGUGACAUUGGAGUAUCUUAGAUUGACUGGAAGAAGUGAAGAGACAGUUUCAAUGAUAGAAUCAUAUUUAUAUGCAAACAGAUUGUUUUAUGACAGUAAGAAGGCUCACAGUGAAAGAGUAUACACAUCUCAUUUGCAGUUGGACUUGGGAGAAGUUGAAUCAUGUGUUUCAGGGCCCAAAAGGCCUCAUGAUCGCGUUCUCUUGAAAGACAUGAAAGCAGAUUGGCAUGCUUGUCUUGACAACAAAGUUGGAUUCAAGGGGUUUGGGAUAUCAAAAGGAGAAAAGGAUAAAGUCGUAAAGUUUUCUUUCCAAGGACAUCCCGCUGAGAUUAAGCAUGGAAGUAUUGUCAUUGCAGCCAUUACAAGUUGCACAAAUACAUCAAACCCUAGUGCAAUGCUUGGGGCUGGUCUUGUUGCCAAGAAAGCUUGUGAAUUAGGUUUGGAGGUUAAGCCAUGGACUAAAACAAGUCUUGCUCCUGGCUCAAGGGUAGUAACAGAAUAUCUGAUCCAGAGUGGCCUGCAAAACUACCUAAACCAGCAAGGCUUUCACACAGUUGGCUAUGGUUGCACAACUUGUAUUGGGAAUUCCGGAGAACUUGAUGACUCAUUAGCAUCUGCAAUUUCAGAAAAUGACAUUAUUGCAGCUUCUGUUCUUUCUGGAAACCGAAAUUUUGAAGGCCGUAUUCAUCCAUUAACAAAAGCCAACUACCUUGCUUCUCCCCCAUUAGUUGUUGCCUAUGCACUUGCUGGCACGGUUGAUAUUGAUUUUAAUGAAAAACCAGUAGGAACGGGAAAGAAUAGAAAGAGUGUGUACCUGAAAGAUAUCUGGCCUAGUAAUGAAGAGGUCUCUAAGGUUCUUCAAACUUAUGUAUUACCUGACAUGUUCAAGAGCAUUUAUGAAUCUAUUACAAAUGGUAACCCUAUGUGGAGUGAGCUUUCAGUUCCUUCUUCGACUUUGUACUCAUGGGACCCAAACUCCAUGUACAUUCAUGAGCCUCCUUAUUUUAAGAAUAUGACCAUGGAUCCCCCUGGUCUUCAAGGGAUAGAGGAUUGCUAUUGCUUUCUUAAAUUUGGAGAUGGUAUUACCACUGAUCAUAUUUCUCCCCCUGGAAGAAUCCACAAGGAUAGCCCUGCUGCAGAGUACUUACUUGAGCAUGGCGUGGAUCACCAGGACUUCAAUUCUUAUGGUAGUCGGCGCGGAAAUGAUGAAGUGAUGGUGAGAGGCACAUUUUCCAGUAUCCGUCUUGUGAACAAACUUCUGAAUGGAGAAGUAGGUCCAAAAACUAUUCACUUUCCAACAGGAGAAAAACUGUCAGUGUAUGAAGCAGCAAUGAGAUAUAAGGCCUCUGGUCAAGGCACCAUCAUCUUGGCUGGAGCAGACUAUGGAGCAGGAAGCUCUCGAGAUUGGGCUGCUAAGGGUCCUCUGCUACUUGGGGUGAAAGCAGUAAUUGCAAAGAGCUAUGAGAGAAUUCACCGUGGUAAUCUUGUUGGGAUGGGGAUCAUUCCACUUUGCUUCAAGCCCGGUGAUGAUGCAGAAACACUUGAAUUGACAGGCCACGAGCGUUUCACAGUUGAUCUUCCAAGAAAAGUUAGUGAUAUAGAACCUGGUCAAGAUGUUAAUGUCACCACUGACACUGGCAAAUCUUUUACAUGCAAGCUUCGCGUUGAUACAAAGGUGGAAUUAGCAUACAUUGAUCAUGGUGGUAUUCUUGCCUAUGUUAUCCGCAACUUGAUUAACCAAUGAGCUUCUUGUUCUAUAGGGCUUAUGUGCAUUUCAUUGUAGUGAGUUAUGUUACAUGUGUGAUGUGGGGGGCACAAAACUAUACACUUUAGAUUGUAGUCAUGGAUCUCUGUAGACAAUACAAUAUCACACUUUCCAUCAGUAAAGAGAUUGAUGAAAUUCAAAUCAGCCUUCCACAUUAAGGUUUCCCAAUAAAACUUACAGGAGUGCUAGCAAUAAACUAUCACACUUUCCAACACCCUCCCCUAUCCGUUGAAAUUUAUGUGGAAUCCACUAAACCACAUGAGUCUCACUCCAAUUUACCACAAGCAUCCCCUUCAAAUAACAAGAUUCUGAUUCCACCAUCGCCAAUGCUCCCCACGACGAUGGUUUCGCCGUUGAGUAAUUGGUGAGCUUUGCCCGUGCCGUUUCCAAUUGGGGUCUCACUGCUUCAAGAAUGCGUUAAAUGAAAGCCCACAACCAACACUUCUUUAUCUUUUUUUCCUCACAAAUCUCUUCCUUCUCUCACCUCCACUUCUUUUCCCCUCUCACCAAGUCCCAAUUGAGAGCUGAGAAAUAGCUUUGUUAGCUGCAAUAGCUUUGCAUUAGCUGUGAAAUAGCUUCCAAUUAGCUGAGACUAGCUGCACAUUAGCUAGAAACACUUUGCUAUGGAUUUAGCUGCUAAAUUUCUUGGCGCGUAAUUAGCUAGUAGCUGCGAACCUGUGCUCUGGAAUAAGCGAAUUGGCUUUGCCUUAGCUGCGAACCUGUGCUGCGGAAAACUACAUGGUUCGAUUCAGAAUAUUAAGCGAAUUAGCUGUGAAAUCACUGGGAUUAGCUAGAAUUAGCUGCAUCACCAUUGACACUGCCAAAUCUUUUAACUGUUCUUAGAAAUAUAAU